CAUCACAGCAAACCCUAUAGGAGCUACUUCAUUGCCCAAUCCCAUCACUCCUUUCUUUGCUACAAACCCUUCUGAUUAUCCUUCUCCCCAAAUCAAAUUCACUUCUCUUUACAUUUUGUCCUUUUCUGGAUUGAAAUUCCUCCUCUGUUGGUUGAACUCAUGGCAACAGGUACAUCCCCCCAUAAACCCUAAUGGAUUUACAUUUCUGUUAAUUCUUGCAUUCAAUGUGAAUUUGAUUUUGAUGUUACUGUUGUUAUUGGUGAAUUUAGAGGAAGUGGGAAAGGGCCAAAGAGAGAUUGAGUGGGAUGCGAAGGAGAUUUGUAGGUACUAUUUGGUUCGGUUUUGUCCUCAUGAUCUCUUCGCCGGUACUCGAAACGAUCUAGGACCAUGUUACAGGAAACACGACCCGAAGCUGAAAGAAAGUUUUCAGAAGUCCCCACGACAUGAACAAUACGUGCGCAAGUUUGAAACUGAACUUGCUCAGUUUUGUGAGAUGCUGGUGAUGGAUUUAGAUCAAAAAGUAAGGCGUGAACGAGAACGACGUUCUAUGGACAUGGAACCCCCACUGACUCCAUUGCCAACCAACAAGUCUGAACAAUUAUUGGUCCUGGAGGAAAAGCUAAAAAACUUGCUCAAGAAAGCGGAUGCCCUUGGUGAGAUUGAGAAUGUGGAUGAAGCUGAAACACCCAAGAGAAAGAAUCCUGAAAUCGGUGAAAACCAGGAUGGAUCUAGUGGUCCUUCUCUUAUCAUCCAACCAAACUGGUAUAGUAUUGUACUGCAGCACAUCUCAGUCUAUGGAAUAGCCGCUGGUUACUGCUUAUCUGCCUCAUUGCUUUCAAUCAUCAACAAAUGGGCUGUGGUGAAAUUUCCUUAUCCUGGGGCACUGACUGCUCUACAGUAUUUUACAAGUGCUGUUGGGGUGCUCCUCUGUGGCUGGUUUAAGUUCAUAGAGUAUGACUCGCUUGACCUCCUUACUAUGUGGCGAUUCCUACCAGCUGCAAUUAUUUUCUACCUUUCUCUCUUCACCAACAGUGAACUCCUUCUUCAUGCCAAUGUUGACACUUUCAUUGUGUUUCGAUCAGUCGUUCCCAUCUUUGUUGCAAUUGGAGAGACUCUCUUCUUGCACCAACCACGGCCGUCAAUGAGGACAUGGAUAUCGCUUGGGACUAUUUUUGGGGGAAGUGUGAUUUAUGUGCUAACAGAUUACCAGUUCACUGUCACGGCUUACAGUUGGGCUAUAGCUUAUUUAAUAAGCAUGUCCAUUGAUUUUGUAUACAUAAAGCAUGUGGUAAUGACCAUCGGCUUAAAUACAUGGGGUCUUGUAUUGUACAACAAUCUUGAAGCUCUUCUGCUGUUCCCAUUGGAGUUACUUGUAAUGGGUGAACUGAAGAAGAUAAAGCAUGAGAUCUCAGAUGAAUCAGAUUGGUACUCAUUCGCAGUGAUACUGCCAGUGGGAUUAUCGUGUUUAUUUGGUUUAUCCAUCUCUUUCUUUGGGUUUUCAUGCCGGAGAGCCAUUUCUGCAACGGGAUUUACUGUUCUUGGUAUCGUGAAUAAGCUAUUAACAGUUGUUAUUAAUCUGGUGAUUUGGGACAAACAUUCAACAUUUAUUGGUACAGUGGGGUUAUUGAUAUGUAUGCUAGGUGGUGUUAUGUAUCAGCAAUCUACAAGCAAGCCCAAAGUUGUGAAUGAAGUAAAGGCACAGCAGACUGAGGAAGAACAACAAAAGUUAAUUGAAAUGAACAGCAGCUCAGAAAGAAACAACAAAGACACAUGGGCCACAGGAGAUGAACGAGGAAAUGAGACGUCUCCUUCAAGGUGAUAUUGUCCUCUUCUGUUGCUUCGGGAUUUCAUAUUCCCCAGAUCUGCACUCAUUCUUGAUCUUUAUGUCUCCGGUCACAACUUUCCGUUGGGUGACUUGAAGAUAGUUUUGUCUCACAGAAUCUCCUUGUGUGACAUUUGGGUUGAGAUGAGUAUUGAGUAUGACAAUUGGAAAACCCUGAUAGACAAAAUAUUGUAUUGAUUUGUUUUGUAACUUAGAUCGAUUCGAUAGUCCAUAGUGAAAAGAUGAAAUACCUUUUGUAAACGUAGAUUGAUUUAAUAGCCUUAUAGCCCCAAUAGCCAUGUCUUAUUUGUUGAUUAGGAAAACAUGGUCUUCUUAUUUCAGAAUUUUCAUCAUAUGUCCUCCUCAAAGCUUAGUGCAAUGACAAUGUAAUUGUUG